GUUACAAUAUGAAGAACUUUAUGAUAUCAGCUCUGAAAUGCAAGAUGCCAUUGACAAAGAAUUAUAUACAUAUGUUUUUGAGAUUCUUACUUUGUUAUCUGAUGAAAAAUUAUCCGCAGCUAAUACCAUUGAUUCUAUUAUAGCAGAUGCGGCAACAAAUAUUAACAGCAUGAAAAAAUGUCCUAACUGUAAUCAACAGAACAUCGAGAAUAGAAAACAGGUGUGUCCUACCUGCAGAAUGCGACUGCCAACAUUGACCGAAAUGCAGCGACAGAGAACAGUUGGAGUUGAAAUUAGCAAAACGGAUCGACCAGCUAAGCCACUCAUUUUUAAAUCAUACAGUGUUGAUGACGAUUCUUAUACUGUAUCCAUUCCUAAGAUUAGCCUAACUCAACCAUCAGUAGUUACUGACCCAAAAGUCAAAAUCCCAGAGAUUUACAUCCCUGAUCCAAUUGAAAUUAAUCCUAAUUCAAUAGCAAACGUCGAAAAA